AUGGCCUCUCUUUCUCUCGAACCUCGAGAUGAGCUCGAUACCACUGAGCAGCGUAUCUUCGACAUCCUCAAUGACUAUCUUCAGCCCUCUAGCACAAUCCCUCCCAGCGAGGCUGCGCAAGCUCUCGAUGCCUUGACUCCAAAGGCCUCGGCACAAGAAGAGGACUCUGACCUGGAGUCAUUCCUCUGGUCCAUAUGGGGAACUGUCAUCGAUAUUGCCAAACAAGUUCCUCACGAUCAUCCCUCGCAAGACCGACUAGUAGACCUGAUCCAUGCUCUGACCGAAUUACCGCCAACAACAGUGUCAAUCUGGGGUUCCGAAACCCGCCUGUGGAAAGACCUGCCCAUCCUCGGACCCAGCCUGAGAGAAGACUGGAAUCCACCCACAUAUACCAAAUCCAACGGACAAGCCAUCACCGAAUGGAUCAACCUACAUGCCUUCACCGCGCGUCUGAUGAGCAAAUGCGACCCAUCUCUUUCUCUCUUUGCCGUGUGGAGUCUGCGGUCGGGAUUGGAAGAGGAGCUAUCGGACUGCGAACUCGACGGGGAAGUUGCUGCGGCAGCUAUGUGGAUGGUGUACGGUGGAGAGAGCAUGUUCACUCAGCUGGCGGACACGGUGCAAGACGAGGAGAAGGAACGCAUGAUGAAGCCUGGGACUCUGUAUAGCGGACAGGGACAGUUGUGCCUGGAGCGGUGGCAGUUUUGGAAGCGGCGGUUUGGGGAGAUGAGCGAACAAAUCCAGGUCAAUGGCGAGACAAAGGGGGCGAUUCGGCUGGCCAGGGAGAAGAUGGAGAUGAUUGAGCAGUAG